AUGGGCUUCCUCACGCAUCUCGUCGCUUUCGCAAUAGGCGUCUACGUCGGUGCGUAUGCGAUCCAGAUGUAUGACGUUCCACGCAUACCGUCGCCCAAGGAGAUCACGCAGCGCGUCGAGGAUGCCUUGAAGCCGUACGAGAAGAAGGAAAAUAAAAAGUUCCCGAAGAACAUUUUGGAAUGGGUCUAUUCGGGCACC